GCUGACUGUACAUUUAUAGAUAAAAAAGAACGCUAGAAUACUUCUUAGCUUAAGGUCGGCCUUAUCAUUAGUUGACGAAUCGAGAGCUGGUAGGAUGAAGGUGUUAGUUGUUGUGUUAAUAUUAAUAUGUGCCAGUAAGGCAAGACUUGUAUCUCAAGAUGAAACUGAAACAUUGUUCAAGAAGUUUGUUUUGAAGGAGUUGAGCGAUGAAGAGGCCUCCACUCUUGAGGAACUCUUUGAAAUUUUUCGCAGACCUAAUUAUGUUUCACCCAAAGAAGAACGUACAGAUUAUACAAUACCUCGAAACGCUUACUCCCGGAAUCUCGAAUGCUUAGUUUGUACGAGUGGAGUCAGUGCCCUAUUUCAGGGCGUGUCUGCCGGGCAGUCGGACGAAGAGCUGAUGGAUUCAAUAACGACCCUCUGCGUUUCUUUAGGAAUACAAUCUGAGAAUGUUUGUAAAGGAGCUGUUGCACUGAACUUGCCCAUACUCACGUACAUUAUUCGAAACACACCAGAGGCUACGCCCCGCACGUUUUGCUCCCUUAUCCUGCAAAAUUCUCAAUCCAAUGAUUGUCCUCACGACGACACACGGUUCGAAUGGCAAGUGAAACUCCCGGCGUUGUCUGAAGUUAACUUGCCGCCAGUAAUGGAUCAACCGCCGUUGAAGGUAGCGGUAAUCACUGACGCUCACAUCGAUCCUUUGUACGAGGCGUACGGAGUCGGCAACUGUGACGAACCCACCUGUUGCAGAAAAGGACAAAAUCCAGCUAGAAACAUAAGAAUACAAGCUAACGUCGACGAAGAUUUGUACGAUAGAGCUAUUGUGGAAAGAAAUGAUGAGAAGAUGGUUAAUCUUAGCGUUGCAUGCGACAUUCGACGUCAAAUGAGCGAAUCCUCUCCUAUAUUGGCCAGACAAAAUGCCGAUCCUGCAGGUUAUUGGGGAGACUAUAGGAGCUGUGACACACCGAUAUGGGCGUUUGAUGAUGUAAUCGACAGAAUUGCCGAAACACAUCAGGAUAUUGAUCUUGUUUAUUACGUCGGGGAUACAAUAGACCAUGGAGUUUGGGAAACAUCGUAUGAAUUGAUUGAUGAUAUGAAUCGCCAUUUGAUAGAAAAGAUGAGAUCUUCUUUUGGUGAAAAUGUACCCGUAAUCCCAACUAUAGGCAAUCAUGAAUCUCAACCUACUAAUCAGUUCGCGCCGAGUUACGUCGUUGGUGAAUUCAACACAACUUGGCUGUACGAGGCUUUGGCAAACAAAUGGGACCAGUAUCUGACUGCCGAAGCCAGGGCGACAUUGCUGAAAUGCGGAGAGUUCUAUUUGCGACCAAGACCUGGGCUCAAAGUUAUUGUUAUCAACAAUAAUGUUGCUUACAGAUAUAACUGGUGGCUAGUAUACAAUCCUCUGGAUGCUAAGAGGCACUUAGAAUGGCUGAUUGAAGAGCUUCACGAAUCGGAACUCGCCGGAGAGAAGGUCCACAUCUUAGCACAUAUUCCUCCAGGAACACACGACCUGACGCAUACGUGGACUAGGGAAUACAACAGGAUCAUCAACCGGUUCUCAUCGACAAUAGCAGCUGAAUUCAACGGCCAUGAGCACUCGGAUCAGUUCAAGUUGUUCUACAGCUCUUCCGAUGGUUCCCCGAUUCACGUGGCGUGGGGUGGAGGCGCCGCCACAGCCUAUUCUAAUUACAAUCUCAAUUAUAAAAUCAUGGUUUUUGAUAGCUCUACUUAUGAACCCUUGAGCAUGCAGUGUUACACUUACAACGUGACGGAAGCUAACCUGACGCCUAACAGACGCCCACACUGGUUCCUGCUUUACGAUUUCAAGAACUCUUUCGACUUGGCUGACCUAUCGCCAACAUCCAUGGAUAAUUUAGUAAACGCUAUGUCUUCAGGCGGCCACUUCUUAGAUUUAUAUGCUGCUUUCUAUUCUAAAAUAAGUGAUACUCGCUGGCCAUUCUGCAAUCAAGACUGCAAAAUCAACUAUUUGUGCGACACUGUGAUUACAAUACUGUGGGACCGACGAAAAUGUGAAGAAGUAACUAAUGUAAAUGCUCAAUUACUAUUGAAGUAAAAAAGGUAUGUAAGUUGUAAUUGGAGAUUUUGCUCGAUAACUUCAAAACAAAAAUUAGUAAUUAUAUAAGCUGUAUUAUUUAUUUGUCAUAGUUUUAAAAGUCUAGUCCGUAGUUUUCAAAAGACAUGUAAACUGUUAAAGUAAUUGUUCUGAAUAAAUGAAGUUACUAGGAUAA